AUGAAUAGCGCGGCUGUCAUCGGCCGCCAGUUACGCCAACAGAAUAGGGCACCAGGGCCCCUCGCUGUGCCGGGAAGACCUCGGGCGCCGUCCCAUGUGAACCUCGGGCCUCUGCCUGCUUCUGUGACCACCGCCGGCUCUUCGCCACACAAGGAUAGCAGUGCCAACAAACAAGAAGAUGACGAAAAGCAGCAUAGUCUGAUCCCCGCCUACGUAUCUUUGGGCUGCGUGUGGAAGUUCGCCAAGGCCCUAUCGCCGGGAGUGCUUCUAAUCGCCAUUGGGACGGCUAUGUGUGUAGUGGGAUUCCUCGCCGAGCAGCUGUCGACUUCGGUCACCAUCGUCGACGGCAACAACAACAUCACAACGAUCACAGUCAACCGCUCGUUGGAAUAUCAUCUCCACAACCUGUCGUUCGCGGGUCCAGCCAUCAUGGGCCUGGGCGGUAUUUGCAUCGUUGCCGCCUGCGUGUUGACUUUUGGAGUGAAAGACCACCACCACAGGGUAGUUCCUGUGGACGAGAAGAGACCGUCCAUUGGAGAAGCUCUAGUUCCCAUACUGCCGCUACCUCCCAAGGGUAGACGUAGACCGAAACCGCCACUGCUGUCACCGCCGCCGGGAACCGACAACCCAACGGUUCUGAUACAGCAGCCGACUUCCGAACGUCCUUCGCUCGGCAGCGGCAACAGCAGCAGCGGUAUCACGUCAGUCCAUAACACGACUAAACAGUUGAUAGCCGCAGCAGGAAUUAUGCCAACGAGUAGUAGUGACGUUGCUUACAACGGUUUACAACCGCAGUACUCUCAACAACUCCUGCAAGUCGAUCAAGGAAGCGAAUCCUUCGUGGGCCCCGCUCCCGGAGGAGGAUCGACCGCGACAUCGAUGAGCAAGGUCAGCAGUAACAACAACAACAACUGCAGCAGCAGCAACUACAACCAUCCUACAAACCAUAGAAGUACAACUACGUCAGCGGUAGCAGCAUCGACUGCGUCCUUAGAAGGAACGACAACGAAAACGAAUAAUAAUAAUAAUUCCAGUGUGGCUGGAGAAAGGCGAAAGUCAUCAGCAGUGGUGGGGUCCAAGACAACCAUAAUAGUGCCUACAAGAUCAUCAUCGGAUUCUCAUCGCAACAGUGUGAGCACCGACAUAAUAAAGAGAACGAGCAGCAGCAGCAGCAGAGGCAGAAACAGCAAUAGCAAGGCCAAGCCGCCUGCAGUCGAGAGCUCCAGUCAACAGCUGCUCCAGAAGCAAAUGGCUGGGGCAGGAGCGGGACCCGAUUGCGCCAGCUACUCACCCGAUCCCUAUCCGGAUUAUCGGUCCCUGGCGGGGUCAGCCCUCUCGGCCGCAGCAGGGCCGGAUCUAAGCUCCGUAUCGGGCUGUUCGACGCCAGCGUCUCAGAUUUCAUUACCUCAAAUGUCUUCUGGAGGCGUAUGGACGUGCCCGGUGGGAAUGGCUCAAUAUUUCAACCAACAGCAACAACGUUAUCAGCACCAUCAGCAGCAGGCAUCGAGUCCUGCUUUCAACGUACCUGGGCCUUCUGCGCGGAGCUGUCAGAUCAGCCCGGCUUAUAGCAACAGCAGCAGCAGCAGCAGCGUCAGCGUUCCACCGAGUUCUUUGAAUCUGAUCCCGUUGCACACGCGAACAGGGGCUACUCCCCCAUUCAAAAUGCGCGCCGCUCCGUCGCUCUCAACAUCUUCGACUUGCACGAAUUUUCUUCUUAGUCCCCAAUAUGAAACGACGUUCAUCCCGUCACCCACGGAUCUCCAGAUCAUGGAUCCUGACGGUUGUGAUACCCCUUCGUCAUCCAAGUCAUUCUACAUGAGUCGAUCGGCCUCUACGUCUUCGGGUCUACACCUGGACAUGUACCUCAAUCGUCUACCAGUGUCUCUACGGAUGCAGUUGUCGUCGAAACUGUUUGCCUCCAUGGAAAGUGAUGGACUAUCUUCGAUAUCUACUAGUGAGAACGACAUUCAAACAGCCAAUGACAUAGUGUUGCGGGACUUCUCUUCUUCCAAAUCUUCGGACAGACAUCAUUCGGCGUUCUUGAUGAAGAAAAGAACUUCGUUCAAUAACAUCGCCAGCACGACCCUGAUGAACAACAACAACAAUACGACUGGCAGCUUCAACAACAACAACAACAGCUGUGCUAGCAACAAUAGAAUGCAGGUGAGCAAUAGUCGAACCACGAGCAAUGAGGACUCGCAGGAAGUGACUCCGCUACUCGCCGAAGAAGAGGACGAUGACGUCUCUUCCAGGGAUUCGGACAAAUCGUCGGCGUUGGCUAACGACACGGCCUCGGGAGGAGCGGGAUUGCAUUCGUCGUUUGAUCGACGGUUUCCCUUGCUCCGACAGGCUGCGAGUGUCGCGGAGGAUUCGCGAGGACUCAAUGCUGAGUUCUUGCUCGGCCCGCCGGCUGAAAAGAUCGCCCGCGGCAAUGACGCCAGCGCUCUCGAGGCUGACGCGGGCCGCGACCUGGAAGACACUCAGCAAUCCCUCAUCCAAAGCUCGGCUCGACCGCCUGCUCAUCAGUCCGCUCUCGCCCUCGCGCGAAGCUUCAUCCAGAGAUCAUCAACCGGUGAUCCUGCUGGAGGCUGA